AUGUUGGAGAUACUAGUUCAAUCAUUAUAUGAAGUUGGCAAGUCAUCAGAAGCACUCAAACUAGUCAACAAGUUCUAUCAAGGUGGUCUCACAUUCGCUCCAAUCAACAUAUUGACACUUUGUAUCCAUCUAUUGGUAUACAUGAAGAGCUAUCAUGAGGCCAAAGGUACAGUGAUCAACUGUCUCAACCAUCGACCCAUUGUCACAGAGCCAGAGUCACAGAUAUCUACGUCAUUCAAUGUCAAUCAUAAUAUAACUCAAGAGGAGUAUGAUCAGUUGGCGGAACUACUCGUGUUCCACAUCCUCUUUAGAAUCGAGGAGAUUGAUGAGGCCAGGGCAUUCCUUCAAUGCUCCAAUCUGCCUCAGUGGAAGCGUGAAGGGUUCACCAAGUCACUCGAGGAAAUGGUUCAGAUCAGGGAACAAGAGAUCAAUCAAGCGAUCCUCAAGCAGAAACAACUACAACAGCAACAGCAACAACAACAACAACAACACAACUCGCCAGUCGAUCUGGUCGAGACCAAUGGCAACAACAAGCUGACCAAGCCAAGCCCAACAGGACUAGACAACAAGAACAUUAGCCGAUAUAGUAUACAUGCAUUGAUCACAUAUUUGAAGCAGUUUGGAUAUAAGAAAUGGCUAACGGCAUUGUCAAAGAGACUGGCUGUGUUCAUGAUGCGUGUCAAGAACUGGGCCAAGAAGGCCAAGACAUUGGACAUGCACUGGCUGCGCAAGAUGGCACCAGUGAUCAUCUGGUGCACAGUCAUCUACUUUGGCACAAGACAUCUAUUGCGAGGAACACUAUCACGUGGAAAUAGACAAGACACUGCCAAUCGACAACAUCAUUUGCCCAACACCUCCCAUUAUCAUGGUGCCUCUCAACCCCAGCCUCCACAACGCAUGCGACAACUUGGUUCAAGCAAUCGAGCAAUGGAGUACAGGGCAAAUGGUGUUGGUGGCACUCACAAUGGCGGCAACAAUAACUGUGGCAACAGUAUCAUGGGCUCAUUACGCGACCUGGCAUCGAACGCCUUCAACUAUAGAUAUGGCUGA